GCCGAAGCCACUCGCCAUCCCGCGCAAAUUUGUAACCACAUAGCGAGCUAGAACCAUGUCCACCGUCACCGGAGAGUCCGUCGGCAUCGACCUCGGCACGACCUACUCGUGCGUCGGCGUCUGGCAGAACGACCGCGUCGAGAUCAUCGCCAACGACCAGGGCAACCGCACGACGCCGUCCUACGUGGCCUUCAACGAGACGGAGCGCCUCAUCGGCGACGCCGCCAAGAACCAGGUCGCCAUGAACGCCUUCAACACGGUCUUCGACGCGAAGCGCCUCAUCGGCCGCAAGUUCACGGACGCGGCGGUCCAGUCCGACAUGAAGCACUGGCCCUUCAAGGUCACGGGCGGCGUCGGCGGCAAGCCCCAGAUCCACGUCACCUACCGCAACGAGGAGAAGACCUUCGCCGCCGAGGAGAUCUCGUCCAUGGUCCUCAUCAAGAUGAAGGAGAUCGCGGACGCGUACCUCGGCAAGGAGGUCAAGAACGCGGUCGUCACCGUGCCGGCCUACUUCAACGACUCCCAGCGCCAGGCGACCAAGGACGCGGGCUCCAUCGCGGGCCUCAACGUCCUCCGCAUCAUCAACGAGCCCACGGCCGCGGCCAUCGCCUACGGCCUCGACAAGAAGGGCGACGAGCGCAACGUGCUCAUCUUCGACCUCGGCGGCGGCACCUUCGACGUGUCCCUCCUCACCAUCGAGGAGGGCAUCUUCGAGGUCAAGGCGACGGCCGGCGACACGCACCUCGGCGGCGAGGACUUCGACAACCGCAUGGUCGACUACUUCCUCACCGAGUUCAAGCGCAAGUUCAAGAAGGACCUGAAGACGAACCAGCGCGCCCUCCGCCGCCUCCGCACGGCCUGCGAGCGCGCCAAGCGCACGCUCUCCUCCUCGACCCAGGCCCACCUCGAGAUCGACUCGCUCUUCGAGGGCAUCGACUUCAACUCGACGAUCACCCGCGCGCGCUUCGAGGACCUCAACAUGGACUACUUCCGCAAGUGCAUGGACCCCGUCGAGAAGGUCAUGCGCGACGCCAAGCUCUCCAAGAGCCAGGUCAACGAGGUCGUCCUCGUCGGCGGCUCGACGCGCAUCCCGAAGAUCCAGAGCCUCCUCUCCGACUUCUUCAACGGCAAGGAGCCCUGCAAGUCCAUCAACCCCGACGAGGCCGUCGCCUACGGCGCCACGGUCCAGGCCGCCAUCCUCUCCGGCGCCGACUCGUCGGAGAAGCUCAGCGACCUCCUCCUCCUCGACGUCACGCCGCUGUCGCUCGGCCUCGAGACGGCCGGCGGCGUCAUGACCGCGCUCAUCAAGCGCAACACGACGGUGCCCGCGAAGAAGUCGCAGACCUUCUCGACCUACGCCGACAACCAGCCCGGCGUGCUCAUCCAGGUCUUCGAGGGCGAGCGCUCCAUGACCAAGGACAACAACCUCCUCGGCAAGUUCAACCUCGACGGCAUCCCGCCCAUGCCCCGCGGCCAGCCCCAGAUCGAGGUCACCUUCGACAUCGACGCCAACGGCAUCCUCAACGUCUCCGCCGUCGAGAAGUCCACGGGCAAGGAGCAGAAGAUCACCAUCAAGAACGACAAGGGCCGCCUCUCGCAGGACGAGAUCGACCGCAUGGUCGACGAGGCCGAGCGCUACAAGGCCGAGGACGAGGCCAACAAGGUCCGCGUCGAGGCCAAGAACUCGCUCGAGAACUACUGCUACUCCAUGAAGAACACCAUGUCCGACGAGAAGCUCGCGGCCAAGCUCUCCGACGACGACAAGUCGACGGUCAACGCGAAGAUCACCGAGACGACGUCGUGGCUCGACGCCAACCAGAUGGCCGAGAAGGAGGAGUACGAGGCCAAGCAGAAGGAGCUCGAGGCCAUCGUCAACCCCAUCCUCCAGAACCUCGGCGGCGGCGCGGGCGCCGGCGGCAUGCCCGGCGGCAUGCCCGGCGGCAUGCCCGACUUCGGCGGCGGCGCGCCGGGCGGCGCCCCGGAGCCCGAGGCGGCCGACGAGGGGCCCAAGAUCGAGGAGAUCGAUUAAGCGGGCGCUCGCGCGCGCGCGCGCGCUUCUAAGGAACCUUCCCUGUCACAGUGAU